AUGGAGUGGAAGGAAGGUGGCCAGCGCGUAGCUGCCCCCGACCGCAGCCAGGAGGACCAGGCCUUCAACCUGGUCAUUCUGGCCCUCACGGAGCUGCUCAGCCUGGGCGGGCUGCUGGGCAACGGGGUGGUCCUCUGGCUACUCAGCCGCAACGUCUACAGGAACCCCUUCUCCAUCUACCUCCUGGACGUGGCCUGUGCCGACCUCAUCUUCCUCGGCUGCCACAUGGUGGCCGUCGUCCCCGACCUGCUGCCCCGCCAGCUGACCUUCCCGGGCUUCGUCCAGACCAGUCUGGCCACACUGAGGUUCUUCUGCUACAUCGUGGGCCUGAGCCUCUUGGCGGCCAUCAGCAUAGAGCAGUGCCUGGCCACCCUCUUCCCCGCCUGGUACCUGUGCCGCCGCCCGCGCCACCUGACCACCUGCGUGUGCGCGCUGGCCUGGGCGCUCUGCCUGCUGCUGGACCUGCUGCUCAGUGGGGCCUGCACCGAGUUCUUCGGGGAGCCCAGUGGCCACCUGUGCAGGACGCUGUGGCUGGUGGUGGCGGCCCUGCUGGGCGCCCUGUGCUGUGCCAUGUGCCUGGCCAGCCUGCUCCUGCUGCUGCGGGUGGAGCGUGGCCCGCAGCGGCCCCAGCCCCGGGGCUUCCCCGCCCUGGUCCUGCUGGCCGUCCUCCUCUUCCUCUUCUGCGGCCUGCCCUUCGGCAUCUACUGGCUGUCGCGGAACCUGCACUGGCACAUCCCCCACUACUUCUACCACUUCAGCUUCCUCAUGGCCGCCGUGCACAGCUCCACCAAGCCGGCCGCCUACUUCUGCCUGGGUAGCAGCCAGGGCCGCAGGCUGCGCGAGCCCCUCCGCCUGGUGCUCCAGAGGGCCCUGGGGGACGAGGCCGAGCUGGCGGCCGGGAGGGAGGCUUCUCAAAGGGGCCUUGUGGACAUGACGGCCUAG